AUUUGUGACGCAAGAAUUUAGUCGUCUCUCAAUUGGUAAAUCAAUGAUCUUAUGGAAGUGAUUGAAAAUAAACAAGUAUAGACAGUCACAGAGCUAGCCAAGAUAUUUUAAUGUUACGUCGAUCUAAGCAACUUCUUACACAUUUAAAGCUGGAUGAAUUAACGAUUAAAGUUGUGCUAACAUUCAUAGCAUAAAGUUUUUCAUCUAUAAGAGGUAAGCACACAGAAUGUUCACACAUUUCCUUUGAAAACAUUACAAGAAACAUUUAACAGAUUCAACAUGUCACUAACCUUUCAACAGAUUAUACUGGAUGCUAAGAAAUUAGUAAUUAAAAUAUCAGACCAUGAAAAUGUUGCUGAUAAGUUGAUAAGCGAAAUAGAGUCAGUUUUUACUCAAAUUAUUAAUAUGAAACGGUAUCAAGAAGAAGUAGAAAUUUUGAACACAAAAGCGAAUCAAAGACCACAUGUACAAUUAAUCGCAAAUAUAUAUAGGGAAAGUAAAUAUUUGCAAGAAAUACAAGCACAAAAUAAGCAAUUGAAAAAUGCAUUGGAAGAUCACCAGAAUGCCCUUGAAUUAAUAAUGUCGAAAUACAGGCAACAAACUUCAGCGUUAUUACGUCUAUGUAAACUGGACCCUACUUCGUUACAUAAUUCAAAAUAUGCUAAUAUAAUUACAAGUCAAGCUGAAAAAAUUAAUGAGAUGGCAGCGAUAAUGAAAACUGCAGCUACCAUAGAUGAGGAAACUGAAUUGAAAGAAAAAGAGAUGUAUUAUAGUUUAAAAGAAGAAAAUGCAACAUUAAAGGAAAUAGUUAAUAUUGCUAAUAAAUAUGGUUCCCUAAACAAAGAAAUUGAAACAGAUAAUAAAACGGUCCAAACAGAUUCUGUAACCGUAUAAAGACAUGUUUUAAUGUACACACUUAUAUAAAGUUCGUAUUAUUUAUUUCAUAUUUUAUAGCAUAAUUAAUGUCAAAAAAAGUGUAUUAUCUAUAUGCAAUAAAGUGCACGUACAAUAUAUGUACACAAUAAACAUUUUUAAUGAAUUUUAUUAAAAAAUAA